CUCUUGUAUAUAUGUGCGUAUGAGUUUCGACCGUCUCGAUACCUUUUGUCUCCCACACGCUGAAGUGAUUGCCCUUACCGGCCCCUUCCCGACGGCAAACAGUACUCUCAGUCGUACGUCUGUCCCUCACUUGCGGCGCAGGAUUAAUAUCUGCGCGCCUUCGUCACGACCGCCGAAGAGUGUCGCACUGUUUGUCGAUUAUUCGGAAUGGGUGAGGUCGGUGGGCAACAGAGGAGGUUGUGUGGAAGCUUUGAUUGGUAAAGCAGCAAUGGCCGGCCCAGCAGGAUCCCCUUGAAUUUAGACUUUCG